GAGGCUUCGAGGGAAGCGCAUUUAUUUAGGUUAUUUAAACAUGUAAACAAUAAUUGGUAUUUUUUUGCACGAUUGUUAAAAAAAGAGAAGAAAGACCUCGAUUCUGCAGACGGUAAAUCUUGCAAUUUACAUUUAAUUGCGGAGCAUUGCAUUGCACGUCGGUGAAGAUAAUUAACGGCAAACGCGUAACGCGUAGACAUAACCUGCCGUAACGCGUUUCGAGGAAGCCUGCCGCGAUAAAAUUGAGAAACAUGCAGGGAGCGGGCACAUUCUUUCGCGUGAGAGCCCCAUGAGUGAAAUUCCUGGUCCAGAAAAUGUUCGCACGCUCAGGUUUGUCGUAACGAAUUCCGAAGGACGCUGUCGCCAGGCUGUGUAAAAAUUGGCCGUGCGCUUUGCAUCGCGACCAUGGAAUACGAUUCGGAGUCGAGCUGUGAGGACCGAUUGAAAGACCUGGAGACCGCGAAGGAACAUCCGAGAUACCGACUGGUGGAGGAUGGAGAUCGGUCACCCGGUGCAUCCGGUUCUAUCCCUCUGCAAUAUUCCGAAGCAGCAUCCAUGGUAUUCAAGCCCAUGACCAAUGUCACCGAUAGAUCCCUUUCGUCGGCGGUCAUGCAGUACUACAGGAAGUAUUCUCAGAGUACAAACUUGGACCAGUUCUUCUCUUUGCCCGUGACGAGUACGAACCCCGAUGGGCCAAAGCAUUACUAUAGCAUUUAUGAAUUAAAUCCUGAAGCGAAUACAAAGAGGCCGAGCCACGUCAGCCAGGAUUGCAAUGCCAGAGGUUACGUUCCAAGAGAGCGGAGGAGAUGGGUAAGGCCACCGCUGAUCGGGCAAUCGUCCGGCGCGGAAAGUUCGACCGUGUACGUGCGAUCGUUACCGAAUCCAAGAUCUCCUUCUCCCGAAUUGAAACACGAGACGAUCGUCGAGGAGAAACGUGAAAAUCGCGACGGCGUUACGGAUUCUGCAGAGCAGAAGGCACAAUCCCCGACAUCCAGCAUCGCCUCGCAUAAACCGCUCGAGUGGGAUAGCGGGGCAGAUGUCGGAUAUUUUAACACGAUAUCCCAAAGUAAAGAAAGGUCAAGUAAUUUGAGUACCAUAGAGCGCAUCGCUCUUGCAACUGGCCGCUCCGUGGCUCUCCGAUUAGAUCCCGAAGGCACGACGGAGUCAGGGACUUCGGGGAAAGGGACAGCCGUUGCGACGGGUCUUAAAUCGUCUGCAAAACCUAAAGCUAUUUCCACACCUCUGGUAGGGAACAUCUCAGGUUCCGAGAGCGAAGUGGAAAUCACGCCUAUCGUCAAAAACCAUGUGACUGGAAUUAUUACGGGUGAUGACAUCAGAUCGGAAGAAAAGAAAAGUAACGAAAAAGAGAAAAAGAUCGAUCGAAUCUCCGAUACACCCACGUCGUCUCAUGUAUUUAAAGUACCUGCUAUAAAAUAUGCUACGGUAGGGAAAAGAUGUAAACCUAAGCAGAGCUCGCAAGGAAAUUCGAAUCCGUGCACUUCUCCGUUGAAGAAAAGCUCAUCCAUGCACAUUUUGCCUUUGUCCCCUUCCAAGAUAUCUUUAAAGCGAAGUCAAAGCGACCUCAAUUUACAUAGUAAAGAUAAGAACAGAGCUUUAUUACCAUUGCUCUUUAAUUCUACGUCUUCUAUUGCAACCGUUGUAAAUAAGCCGGUAACCUGUGAUAAGGUUAUUCAAACGAGCAUGAGCGCUUACACCAGAGAAUCCAUUGGAGUACAAGUCUCGGUUCUCGAGGAGGAGAAACCUCCAUUACCAAAGAGAGGAACUAGUUUGUCGCAGAAGUCUCCUCAAUCGAUUUUAAAAAAUUCGAAGGGGACGUUCAAGGUACGCGACUCCAUAAAAAGUAGCGACGAACAAGAGACACGGAGACCUUGUACAGAAAACGACGCGCAGAGCGACGGAAACACCACUCGCAAGAGUAGCUCCGAAUCCUCUCGGAACGGCUCUUCCCCGUUGACCCCUCAAGUGGAGGACACCGAAAACGUUACCGGCAGAGCCAACAGUUUUGAAUAUUUUCCAGGUCAUGUAUACGAGAAUGUCCCAAAUGGUAGCACGAGUCGGGUGUCGUCCGUCAAUACUACGAGGUCCAAUUCCACGUUGCCGAACACCAGCUCGAGCAUCGACGAGAAACUCUGGGGAGACUCCGACAGUCUCGUCAGGGACCUGGAGCGAAGCGUCAACAUUCUGAAGAGUCUGGUGGACGCGAACAAAUGCGACAAGCAAGUCAAGAAGAGAUUGAUUCACCACGUAAUUAAGAGGCUCGUAACCGCAAAGUACACCGACGACAAGAUCGAGCGCGAUCUGGAGGAGAACAUUCCGUGGAAUCCGGACGACGCCCGGAAGAAGGUUUACAGAGCGGAGAUAAUCCAGGCUCUAACAAAGAAAGGAAACACCACGGACUCCUCCGAGGAGUGGAGACCGCAGAAGAAAAAGGGCGGCUGCGCGAAAAAGACCUCGGAGGACGAGGAAACGGGAGCGCCGGAAGUCGCCAAUUUGGAUAGCACCAAUAGCGACAGGUUCGACGACAAGACGACAGACAGAACCGAAAUGGACGGCAGAAAGGCCAGGAUGGGGCUGAGAGCUGAGGACCGCGGCCAUUCGAGCAACACUCCCACCGAAGCGAACAAGAGCGAGAGCUCGGAGUGCUUCGUCCCUCAGCGAGGCUACAAGAACGGUAAGACGAAGAAUAUAUUUUGCUUGAAGCAGAAGUGCGACCUGCCUUGUGGGCGGUCCUCUUCUAAUAGCACGCGGUCCGACCGGAACGGGGUCUCGUUAGACUCCGUCGUCGACGAUCGACGCGGCCGGGAGACCCCCAGCGAGGCCGCGAACAGUCUCGUCUGGCCGAUUCCUUUCCCGAACUCCGCCGGCACGCCGGAGUGGAGAUUGGAGUCGAGAAGGUGCGACCGUUCCGACUCCGGGGACACGAAGCUCGUCAGCUAUGCGGAAAUGGAGAAGAGGAAUCAGCUGAUCUGGAUUACCAACGAAAUCAGCCAUUUGUCCAAUCUGAAAAAAUUACUGGAGCAGCCAAAGAAGCCGGAGAAGCCGAAGAUCUCGCCGCGGAAGUCGAAACGCGCGUCCUUUAAGCAGAAGCCGUUGACGGUCCUCUCUGCGCUUACCCAAAGGCAGGAUGGCGAGGACGAUACGCCAAGCUCGGAAACCAUGCCGAAAGCCCCGGAUGAGAACGACGAGGCCUCGGCGAGCGAGAGAUGGUCCUCCCACCGGAACCUGGCGACGCAGCACCCACCGGCGAGCGCGAGCACCCGGAGCGACCGACCGCUGGGCAAGCGCAACAGCUACACGCAGACCGCCACCGAGACGGCGAACGCCCACUCGAAGAGCGGCGGCGAGAUCGUAACUCUGUCCAAAAUGGAGAACCCCGGAGUCAGGCUCACCAACAUCUACGUACAGACGUUGCCCCAAGCCUCCUCGCCGACGUUGAUGCAGCCCCAGAUCGUGCACGCGGCGUGCCCGGUGCAUCGAGGGGCCUGCGUGCACGCCCCUCCGACAUCGUGUCGAUGUCGCGCGUACGCCUUGCCUCCCGCCCCAAUGUACAACCUCCAGAUGCAGGGCCAACCUCGAGGGGAAACCCAAGCCGUGUGCGCGCACCAUUCGAUGCAGGUGCAGGACCUCUACUCCGAGUCCUGUCCGAGGGAAAACCGGGUGGAUAGCCCGAAUCGGUGCCAACCGCAGAACCGAAACGACGAGCGGCCGAACGAGAGACCCUUCAUUUCGCAGCCCGCCAGACGGGGCGCGAUCGCCUAUCCCGAAUACGGCAGCGACCUCGCGGAUGCCAGAAACGGCUACGUCAAGGAAAAAGACGCGAAGAAUCGGAUGAACGUGGACAAAUCGAAGGCGGUCGGCCCCGGGUGCGAGUGCCAAGAGUGUAAGAACGAGUCUUGCGAGAGCAAGGAAUCAAGGACGAAGUUGGCGAACGGACACAGACCCGGGUGGUACGGCUGCGAGAGGAGUAAGUCGAAUGCCAAGAGUUGCAGAUGUCCUCGGGAUUGCAGCUGCGAGGCGAGACGAAAGGAGGAGUCCAGAAUCGAGAGAAGGAACCGCGCAACCUGUGGACAACUGUCGAGAAGAUGCGGAUGUCCGUGUCACGAGUCGAACGAAACGCGACCGUACUACCUCAACACGAAGAAGAACGGAGAUUUUCCGAGGAGGAACGGCGUCGAUUCGCUCUGCGGUUGCGACGAGAAUUGCGGAUGUAUCAAUAGAACGAACGGCUCUGCCGAUAAUUAUCUCGCCAAGAACACCGCGUCGGAAAACGUUUGUUCCAAGCGUAACGGAGGCUCCAACCGGCGACCCGGUAAAACGGAAUCCGCCAGUGAGAAGAAAUCCUGCAGAUGCUGUCGCAACUGCGGCACGGCCAGUCGAAACGGCAAGCCGUGCGACUGCACGCCACAGUAUCCGAAGCCGGUUGCUUACGAGUUGUCCUUUGACAACGGCGAGCAGAAGACAAGCGUCAUCAACGGUUCGGGGACUCAAAACGGCGAAAUCAAGUCUUCGAAGACAUCCGUUAACGGGUCUUUUCCCGAUGCGGACAGAUCGCGAGGUGGCGGCUGCUCCUGCGAGAACUCGAAGUUUCUUGCCAACGCGAAUGGUCCGCGCCACAAAGGGAGCCUUCAGGACUGCCUCGCGACCAACAAGCCCGGCUUCGUCGACAACGCCGAGACUCGCCGGCGAUACAUGACGGAGAUCUGCCAACUCCGUCAGCUCAGGAAGGAGAAGCGCGUUCAGCUGCUCGCCAUGGCCAGCACCUCGAACGUCGUUAAGUCCCCGAGAUUACCUAGGCAAACAGCGGGUGCACAGAGGAGGAUCACCGACGAGGAGAUGAAGGAAAGACUGCGGAGGCGUUACUCGGGGCUGAACGAGGUCCGGUCUAAGCGACGCCAACGAGAGAAGCAGGAGGAGGCUCGUCGCAACAAGCUCAUGGCCACGAUAUUUUGCAAAAAGCUGCAACAGAAAGUCCUCAGGGGCCAGGUCGACUUGUCGCAGAGCGUUAGCGUUAUAUCGAACUUAUAACGAUUCCCUUUUGCGUGGAACCGUAAAUGAAUAAAAAUAGAAAAAUUAAGUGGCUCUCGGAAACGUUCCGACGUUCCGAGUACUGAUCACAAAAAAUCCUCGAAAGUCCCGGAAAGCGAUCCGAACGCGUUGAAAAAAUUGUCAUUUUUUAACGUUCUAGCCUGCCCAAAUUAUUGUACAACCCGGAGGCGAAGUAAAAGUAUAUCGCGCAGGUGUCUAGAAAUUUUAGACGAUCAAAAUUUUAUCCGAAAUUGUUAUUCCGUAAAAUUUACCGGACGUUGUAUUUGUCUCGUCGACCUGUUUUCGCAGGCGUUGAAGGGAAAAUAUUUAAGCGUUAUCGUUUUCAUUUUUCCAGUGAACAAGAAUUUCACUACCGACAUUGUCUUUGAAGAAUUCCUGGAAAGAAACGAGGAGUUUAUCAGUGAAUCUAGGUCAAUGUUAACAAAUGACUCGAGGCUAACGCAGAUAAGGACAAUAAGAUGAUACCGCGCUUAUGUAAUCGCGGUACAGCCGAAGACAUCGAUCGUGGGAACGUUUCUUAACGUAAUGGUGUGCUUUAAAAUGACAAGAAUGUAGUUUUAGUACCUGAAUCACAGUACACAAAAUACUUUCUUUAUUACCUUUAGUAUUUAAGUUCCACUGCGUUGACUUGCUAUUCUAGCAUACGAUAUUUCCAUAUUUUUCCUUUUUAUACCGUUUGGAUAAAAAUAAACGAUGUACGUAUAUCUUUCGAGAUCGUGUUCUCGAAGGCGUC